AUGGCCACAAGUGGUAGUACUCCUUUGAGCAUUAAAGAGGAUGAACUCCCAAAGUCAAAAGAGUCUAUUGGUACUCCCACCUCUGCCAACACUGUAUCCACAACAAUAGCAACAGCAAGCACAACCACAGCUAAUAACAGCAGCAGCAACAACAACAACAACAACCACAGCAAUAAGAGUAACAAAAAUUCCAGUCAAUCACAUUCUCAACGCAAAAGCAUAUGGAUUUUUCCAGAAUCAGUCGUACUAUAUCGCACACCAAGUCGAAUACAGGCAAGAAUCACCUUACCACAAGAACUUCGCAUCAAAGAAUCAAUGCAUGAAUUUGUUGUACGACUAGGAACAAAGUUGAAAGUUGACGGACCAACUUUACUCGCCACCACGGUCUACCUCCAUCGAUAUUACAUGCGACUCCCACUUUCGUCCUCGAAAUAUUUCGUUGCUUCAGCAGCAUUAACCAUAUCGUGUAAAUUAAACGACAACUAUCGACAGCCAGAUAAAGUCAGCUUGUAUGCAUGUAACGUGAAAAACCCCAACCCACCAGUCAUCAAAAACAAGGUCAAACAACCGCCACCGCCCAUUGAUGAACAAAACGAGUACUACUGGAAAUGGAGAGACCAACUACUAUAUCGUGAAGAGCUUAUUCUUCGAAAACUCAACUUUGAAUUAAAUUUCACCUCACCUUAUUUACUCCAAUUUAAAAUAUUAAACAAGAUACAUCUCGGUAUGGGUCAUUUAUUGUACAACAAAAAGAAAGAUAUCUUGAAGAUGACAAUAACGCUUAUUGAAUUAUUAUCAAGUUUACCGGUUGUGUUGUGUUUUGAUAUGAAGGAAAUUUUGGCAACUUGUUUUGUCAUUACUAUAUUGGAGGGUAAAACAAAAUUGGAUAAAGAGUUGAAAGUGCCAGAAAACUUUUUACCCCUGGUCAUUGGUGUCGAGGUCGAUGUUGCAUUGCAUUGUUUCCGAUUCAUCAAAAAGUUGUUGCAGUGUUCGCAAGAGGAUCCCCAUGUGGUUAGUAAUAAAGCUGCAGCAAAGAGGUUGUUACCGAUAAAGUCGCAACACUUUGAAGAUGUGGCUAGAGGAAAGUGA